AUGACUGUCCUAAUUGUAUAUGUUGAUAUAAUUCUCACCGAGGACAAUAUAGUUGCGAUGGAAAGACUGAAGAAGUGCUUGGCCACCAAAUUUGAAGAAAAAGAUUUGGGACAAAUGCGAUAUUUUUUGGGAAUGGAGAUUGCAAAAUCAAAGAAGGGUAUCAGUUUAUCUCAACAAAAAUACAUUCUUGAUCUUUUGAUUAAAAUUAGCAUGCUAGGAUGCAAACCAAGUGAUACACCUAUUGAAGCAGGAAAGAUAAAAAAGAACACGGAGAACUCAGUGGGAAUUGACAGAUACCAAAGACUAGUUGGUAAGCUAAUAUAUCUCUCACACACUAGCUCUGACAUCACUUUCACGAUCAGCUUGGUAAGUCAACAUAUACAUUCUCCCAAAGAGACUCACCUGGAAGCAGUAUACAACAUCCUCAGAUAUCUAAAAGGUAAAGCUAGGAAAGGAUUACUCUUCGAAAGGAAUACAAAGAAGGGAAUAGAAGUGCUUACGGAUUCAGACUGGGGGCUAGAUCAAUCAAAGAUAGAAGAUCCAAUAUAG